UGUGUCAAUGGUUUCAUCAUGUUCUGUCGUAUUAACAGGAGGCUAUACAUCAGUGAUCAUCCUGGGACUGCUUCUACAGUUGCUACCAAAGCCCUGGCUCACGUAUGGCGCACCAUGUCAAAAAAUGAACGGCAGCCGUACUGCAUUAAGGCCCGUGAGUUCAGCAAAAUGAAUAACCGCAUCGUGAGGCUGGACAGCUCAUCGAGUGAAGAGAGGGAGGAGGUGCAGAUGCCCAAACCCCUCCAUCUCCUGUAAGACACCUUCUUAUUCUAAGACACACAUACACACUG